GCAGCGAGCGCGGCACGGCAACGGUGGUGUCGGUGGCGAAAACCCAUUUUGCGUACCGUUCUGAGACUGAUCAAUGCAGUCGUCUCUGGUCGUUGAUCGAGUGAACAUCUACAUACUUCCAGCUAGCGGCGUGAGUGAAUUUUCACCGUAACGGCCUAGCUUUUACCCGAUCGUUUGCGUACCGGCUCGUCGGUAGAGUGUGUUUGGCCACGGCCAAUAGUGCGAACGAUAUCCGGCAGUGAAUAUGAUGGCUGUCAGUGCUUGUAAAACACCGUAGCAGUAAAAAUAUGGCGAGCUUAUGAUAAUUGCGCACGACAACCGCUUGCCAAAUCGUGGAAGAAACAAAAAAAAACAGCUACAUGAAGUAAAAACGCUUGUUGUGCAUAGCCGUGAAGUGAGUGUAGUGCGGUGUGGUUGGUUUUAAUUCCCCCGUAUGCUGAGGUACAUCCAAAUCAUAAGUUAAAUGCUUGAUUCGUAUGAACAAGAGCCAAUGUGUUGCAGCAAUUCUGCAAGUAUUUAUGCUUUGCUGAAAGAAAAGAUUACAUAUCAGAGUGACGGGCAACUUAUUUAACGAGUUAAAGUGUGUGUUAAAGUGUUCUAAUAGCAGCAGGUUUAGGUGGUUUUCAUCAACUUGUGGAAAGCUGUACCAUCUAAAAUUGCACCAUGUUCGCGAGCAAUAAAAUGGCUCACGGAGUGAUUUUAUUUGCACUUUACGGUUCGUUGCUGUUGACUACUAGCAUGGCCGCAGCAGGGAACUCGUUCGCUGAAACAUUCCAAAUGGAUGAGUACCUCAAGUUUCCCCCAGUGUUCGUGUACGACGAUUUCGAAGAUUGCCGCCGGUGGUAUCGGGACGAGUACGUUUAUUGCAUCGUAAAAGCACCACUAGCACCGGACGACUCGUCUGCGCUGUGGAGAAAUCUUAGCUAUUUUUCUAGCGAUUAUCAUCACUACGACCAUUCGGUGCUGGAGCGCGGAGUGUGUGUGCCAAAAUGUCGUAAUGCCAUCACGCAAAAUGCGACCGAUAAAGGUUCGAUCGAUCGACUGUCGCGGGAAGAAAUGAUACACCGCUGCAUAAGUGCUGAGAUAACACCGCAUUACAAUCUGAUCGUAUCGUCACGGUUACGCAUUGAGCACUGCUACUCUCGGGACACUGAGAACAUCCCAUAUGAUUGGCUGGAUGUGUUGUUUUUCAUGCUGGCGGCUGCAAUUAUCGCACUCGUGGUAGCCUCCACAGUGUACGAUAUGCACCAGCAGGCUAAACAAAAGUUUCCCGAAGAUUACUUCACGCGCAGCUCCAAACAGGCCCAUCAACGACUGCUCACAGCAUUCUCCUUUCCGCGCAACAUCCGUCGGUUGAAAGAACCGAUGCACACGCAAACCCGUAUCGAUCUGGCAUGUUUUGAAGCGUUCCGGUUCGCCCAGAUGUUCCGUGUCAUCUUUCUACACGUGUCCAUCGCCCACCUGAAGAUACCGCAGCGCAAUCCCGAGUACCUUGAGCAGUUGCAGCACGGUGCCUCGCUACAAACGUUCAUUGCUGAGUUUCAGAACUAUGUGCAAACGUUCUUCACCAUCGGCGGUAUGCUGAUGGCGAUCAACUUCCUCGAUCAUGUGCGCAAAAAUCCAACCUUCCGACUGUCUUACUUUGGAGAGCGACUGCUGAACCGUCUCUGCCGGCUGGUGCCCACGUACGCGUUCAUGAUUUUGCUAGAGGCAUCAGUUAUGAGGCACCUCAUCGAUGGUCCCUUUGGGCAGCAGUUUAUUGGAGAAUCGGCCAACAACUGCCAGGAUAGAUGGUGGAUGAAUCUGUUGUUCGUGAAUAACUACAUCGGCUGGGACAAUCCGUGUUUUAUACCAUCCUGGUAUCUGGCAACAGAUCUACAGUUGUACAUCUUUGGUUUGGCGAUCAUGAUGAUUUUCUGGAAGUGGCCCUCUACCAGGCGGUACAUCUUUGGAGCUGUAUUUCUCUACAGCGUCGUCGUCCCUGCUGUGACCUACAUGAUGAACGACAUUACACCCGUCAUGACGGUGGAUAUGAAGGAUACCGAGCAGUACAUCCGCGGACAGCAAUUCCAGAGCAUACUUUACUUCCCGUUCCAUCAAAACACCGGUAUCUACUUCUUCGGUAUUCUGGCCGGCAUUGUGUACCAUCACUAUCGGGACCAGCGCAACGAGCUGUUCAAGGUGGCGGCAUUCCGCCAGCUGGCUCAAUUUGCCGGACUUCUUUACGUAUUUUGCAUGGCUACCGUAUCGUGGGUCGUUUCCAACCUAAACUGGCUGCCCGCCAUCUGUCUGGCAGCGUACGCAAGUGCAUUCAAGCUGAGCUGGGGUCUGUUUAAUACGAUCAUCUUGCUAGCAUUGGCGCUGCUUCACCGGCACAAUUGGAUCAAGAUGGCACUAAGCCAUCCGAUCUUUCGCGUGCUCGGCAAGCUAGGUUACAGCGUCUAUCUGAUCCACUUCACUGUGAUUGUGCAGGUGUACGGUAGAGAAAAGGCACCCAUCUACAGCAACGAGCUGAUCGUUACCGGGUAUACCGUUGAGGUGCUCUUCUUCAGCUACAUUCUGGGGGCGUUUUUGUGCGUUUUGGUAGAGCUACCAACUGGUGCAGCGCUGAAGGAGCUGAUCGAGCCACGAGCUCAGAAAGCGUCCAUUAAUCAAGUGCAUACUGCUUCCGAACCAAUCGGUUCUAAUCAGAUGGUACCGCCGUCUGCCGUGACCAAUGGCACACCAGCCUCGGAUGCAGCAGUUAUGACGAGUGCGGAACAAAAUCGAUAAAUCCUGGAAUCUGGUGAUACUGUGAUAACAUAUAAUAAUUGUGGGUUAAGCUUUAGUAUCAAUCUGCAAUGAAUAUCUCUAUUGAGUGGAGCUUGUAAACUAUACCUUUAACCAGUCUAAAUUAUAUUCGCUUCAAAGCACAUGCAACCAAAAACUAUACCACACAUUUUUAUAUUAUUUCAUCAAUCAUUUCCUGGAAACGUCGAAUGGACCAGAUAUACAAAAACUACACCAAAGCGCACACGUACACCAACAACAACCAACCAAUUAGCACAGAUUUGGUACUUCCACAGUGCUCCUCACAGCAGUAAUAUUCUUCAGAUUUAUCCAUUACCAUACGUUUGAGACUGACCGACAUCCGCUACCGGCCGCUUUCCGGUAUAGGACGGCCCUCGUAAACCAAGCCCUCUGUACAAAAGCGAACAAACCUUACAGAUAAGCCACGACGUCGCGGGUCGUUAAACAAAAGUAUUCGUUAGCUUUAGUUCUGGUUUUAUGACUUUUACUGUGCGUGUUAUGUGCAUAUUUUCGUGUGCGUUUAUUAUUGCCGCUUCAUGUUUUCUUCUUGAAUCACAUAUGCAACGACAUCGCUACUUUUGAAGGUUUUAUACACUACCGGCUUAGAUAAACGCAUAUUCGCACGCAUUAUUGUGGAAUAAAUGCAUUAAUGUGGAAUAAACAACACGUUUCAAAACAUA